AUGCUCUCGUGGAUUGAUCGCGUGGAGCUGUACAACUUCAAAAGUUACGCCGGCAACGUGACCAUCGGCCCCCUGAAGGACUUCACCUGCAUCGUGGGACCCAAUGGCGCUGGCAAGUCAAACUUUAUGGACGCGCUGAGUUUUGUGCUGAGUCCCAGUGCCGCAACGGCGCUGCGCGGAAAGGACGCAACGGACUUCAUCCACCGCGGCGCGCAGCGGCGUGAGUGCGCCGCGACCGUCGUGCUGUGCCACACAGCACCGACAACGUCAGCAGCAGCAGCGGCGGGCCGGGGCCAGGGUACGGAGGUCCGCUUCACACGGUCGGUGGACCAAAACGGGGAUGUUAUCCAUAAGCUCAACGGCACCCCCGUGGAGGAGCGAAAGUAUUUUGCGGCACUCACAAAGUUAAAGGUGGGAACACGCGUGAAUAACUUCUUGGUGUUUCAGCACGAGGUGGAGGCAAUAGCGCAAAAAAAAGCACGGGAGUUGACGGAGCUGCUGGAACAGGUCAGUGGAAGUGGGGAGCUGAGGGAGGAGUACAACCACCGCAAGAAGGCGCAUGAGGUGGCGAAUCAGGAGUUGACGACGGCCUCAGCCGCCAAACGGGAUGCGGUGGUGGCUCUGAACCAAAUGCGGCUCCAGAAAAAGGAGGCGGAAAAGUAUGAAGAGGUCUUGAGGCGCAUGAGCGAGGAGAGGCGUGAUGAGGCGUUGGUGCAGCUGUUUUACGUGGAGUCCAGCCUGGAGAAGCAGAAGCGAGAGCUGCAUGCCUUUACUGAAAAGCUCACCGCCCUUGAGAAGAGCAUCGCCUCCGAUGAGGACAUACGCAAGAUGAAGCGGGAAUACGCCGCAAAGCACAAGUCUUACUUGGAGGAACUUAAGCGGGUUCGCAAAGAGGCGGACGCUCUGAGAGAAAGACAUAGUACGCUGGAACGCAUUAAGGCCUCGCUGAACCAUUUGAGGCGGAAGCAUGAGGUGAAGCAGCAGGAAUUGGAGAACGUGAUGAAAACACAAAGGGUACAAUCACAUGAGGUUCAACGCCUUGAGGAACAGUUGCAGCAGCAGAGGGCACUCCUGCACUCCUUUGAUGAGAGGUGUAGGGAGGAGGACGCGGGGCACACGACGCUAAGUGGCUCACUGAGCGCCGAGCAACUUUCACAGUACCGCCAGCUGCGUAAGGAGGCAGAAUGCGAAACGGUGGUGCUGCGACAGCAACUGGAGAGAAUCAAACGACAGCAGCAUUCCAUGGCGGAAGGUCAGAAACAGUGCACAAUAGCUAUAGAAAACGUCAAGUCUCAGAGGCAGGAUCUCCAACAGGGGGUGCAACGCAGCAACGACCGUGUGGCUGAGUUGCAACACCGCAUGGGAGACCUUCACGACACGGUUGAGGAGCUGACACGCAACAUCGGCCAAAAACGGGCGGAUCUUUCUCAGGCAGAGAAAAGGAAUAGAGAACGAGAGCUUGAGCUGGCCAGAAUACAAGAGCAGUUACACGAACUUCGUUUUAUUAAGGAAAAUAACAAGCAUGGCUCGCGAAUGACUGAAGCGUUGCAGGCACUACGUGCCCUUUACGGCAUUCGUGGACGUCUUGUGGAUCUUUGCACUAUUCCCAAUGAUAAAUAUCGACAUGCAGUGACGGUGGCAUUGGGCAGAAAUCUUGAAGCGGUGGUUGUGGAUACCACCGAGACAGCCAUUUCCUGUGUGUGUUAUCUAAAAGAGCAGCGUCUACCACCAAUGACGUUUCUUCCUCUGGAUUCGGUGCAAGGGAAAGAGGCGAACGACCGUCUAAGGACCUUUGGUGGGACCUGUAAGCCCGUUGUGGAUGUGAUUCGCUACGACACGGCUAUUGAGCCUGCGGUACAGUAUGCGUUGGGACAGACACUCGUGUGUGACGGGAUGACGGAGGCGAGACGUGUCGCAUACGGCAGCGAAGACGGGGAACGCUUUAAGGUGGUGACCCUAGACGGCUCUGUUCUCAUGCGCAACGGCGCGGUUCAGGGUGGUCUUGCGUCUAUUCAGACACGUGCACGGAAGUGGGACGAAAAAAAGUACGAGGACCUGCGCGCGGCACGGGACCGGCUGCUAAGUGAGGCGGCUGGGGGAUCGGAGGCAGAGAUGGCGCGAGCGCAGUGUGAGCUUCGCGACAUGGAGGCACGAUUGGAGUUUACGCGUGGCCGCAUCAAAGCGAUUGAGGCGGAGUUGCAGGCAACGAAGCAAAAGGCUUCCAACAUGAGUCGAGAGAUGGCAAAUCAGGAAAAUGAGCAGCGCAUAAUUGAGAGGCGUCACGCCACGUACGAGUCUGAUCUCAGACGAUGUCUACACGAAUUACAAGAGACGCGCGGAUCCAUCCUGCACGUGGAGGAGCGCAUCUUCGCCGAAUUUAUUCGGCGGGUGAAGAUUCCUAACCUGUUGGAGCUUGAGAGUCAUGAGGCCCAGCGGGCGAGGGAGAGGGCUGAGCAACGGCAACAAAUCCAGCUCUUGCUCCACAAGCUGGAGAUUUCCCUAGAGGUAGAGCGGAGGCGCAUUGGGGUGCAAUCAAUCGAUGACCUUCGAGGGGUUUGUACGCAGCUUGAGGACGAGAUUCGGCACUGUGAGGAGGACCUGGCGACCUACAGUGAGAUUGUACGCACCACCGAGAAGAAGCAAAAUGAGACAAGGGCCGGCUUAAGUGAGGCGAAGGUGCAACUGGACGCACUAGAGGCAAAUAUUCGUCAGCGAGGUCGGACCUCUGAGCAAGAGCUUGGCAAACUGGCACAGGCGCGACGAGGAGUGACGGCGCUUCAAGCCGCCUGCGACACACUUCGCCUGCAACGUAUGAAUAUUGUGCGGCGGUGUCAGAUGGAGGAAAUUGCCUUGCCGUUAAAACGUCUUGAAGCCGUCGGCGCCAAGCGUUCACGGCCCGUGGAAGGCGAUGAUUUAAGCCAGAGUGAACCCUUUUCCUUUUCGGAGGAGGCUUCAGUCACUGGAGCAACCAAACAAUCGCAACCCUCCCAGUCUCGUCCGUCUGCGGCGGCAAGGGAAACGCAGGUCAUGGUGGACUUCUCAGGGCUUACAGAAGCUCUACGAAAGGCGGCAUCUGAUAAGACGCACCUUGCGGCUUACAAGCAACGCACAGAGACGCUGCUGGAAAGUUUGCAGCGUGCUUCGGAAUCGAUUGUCCCCAACCUGAAGGCGGCAUCGCGGUUUGUUGGCUCAGAGGAUAAGUUGAGCACCUCUUCUGCCCGCCUUGAGGAGGUCCGGGAACGGGCCAACAAGGCGUACGCGGAGUUUGCGAAGGUCAAGGAACUCCGCACACAGCGCUUCAUGGAAACAUUUGAAAGAAUUGCGGAAAACGUGGACCGUGUCUACCGUGAGCUCACCCUGAGUACCCGGGCACAUGCGGUGCACGGCUCCGCGUACUUGAGUCUGGAGGACGUGGAAGAGCCGUACCUGGCGGGGACGAAGUACCACGCGACACCGCCACUUAAGCGGUACAUGCCAAUGGAACUGCUCUCCGGCGGGGAACGCACUAUGGCGGCGCUCGCUCUCUUGUUUGCCGUGCAUGCGGUUUCGCCAACGCCAUUUUUUGUCCUGGAUGAGGUGGACGCCGCCCUCGACGCCGGAAAUGUUGAGAAGUUGGCCAACUACAUGCGAAAGAACUGCAACACGACACAGUUUCUUGUCAUCUCGCUGAAGGACCAGCUCUACCACGUCGCGGACAUGCUUGUGGGGGUGCUGAAGAACAAACAGAAGGAAAGUUCCUCCGUCCUGACAAUGGACCUGCGCGGGUACCCCUUUUGA